AUGGCAGAUCAAUUCGACAGUGCGCUCGACCUGCUUCGACGCCUAAACCCAAAGAACACUGCCAUCAACCUCUCGGCCAUCUGCAGUCUGGUCCCUGAACAUGAGGAAGAACUGCUCGCUUCCGUAGAUCAGCCCCUCGCAGUCCGUCGUUGCAGAAAGACCGGCCGCGAUUACUUGCUCUGCGACUACAACCGCGAUGGCGACAGCUACCGCAGCCCCUGGAGCAACGAGUUCGACCCUCCCGUCGACGAUGCUGAGAUGAGUUCCGAGCGCGUCCGCCGCCUCGAAGUCCGCGCAAACGAGGCCUUUGAUGUCUAUCGCGAGCUAUACUACGAAGGCGGCACUUCAUCCGUCUACCUGUGGAACCUAGACGAUGGCUUUGCAGGUGUCGUGCUGCUCAAGAAAUCUUCCUCUCAGACUGCUGCUCUGGGCGCUUGGGACAGCAUUCACGUUCUUGAAGUCGCCGAGCGUGGCCGCACAGCAAAGUACAAGCUCACAUCUACCGUCAUCUUGAACCUCGGCACCAAGGGCGAUGCUCUGGGUAGUCUCGACCUCGCCGGCAACAUGACCAGACAGGUGGAAGCAGACAUGCCCGUCGAUGCUGACGAGACCCAUGUCGCCAACAUUGGCAAGCUUGUCGAAGACAUGGAGCUGAAGAUGCGUAACUUGCUGCAGGAGGUUUACUUCGGCAAGGCAAAGGAUGUCGUUGGCGACCUAAGAAGCAUACCGCCGCUCUCCGAGGCCAACCGCGACAGAGCAGCUCAACGCGAAAUGAUCAGCAGCAUGGGCCGAUAG